CGGUGGAAUGGAGAAUGGAAGAGGCUUCAAGGGCUAGGGCGGCGCUGAUCGGCAAUGGCGAGCUCCGCGAUCAGCCGCGAGCUAGGGAUGCGCUUGCUUUGCUCGCCUGGAUCGUCCAGCAUUUUCGUCCGAGCUGCCAGUGUCGCGUUUGGGCUUGGAUUUCCUUUCUACCUGAGCUUCAAAGCGCUCGAGAAGAAGUGUCAAGAGGAUCAAGAGCAAUGGCUUGUUUACUGGUCAGUGUACGCGUGCUUCAAUCUCGUGGAGAAGUUUACAGACAAGCUGAUAUCAUGGUUUCCCUUCUACCAUCAUGCAAAGCUCGCAUUCCUGAUGUGGCUCCAGCUACCAAACAACUAUGGCGUAAGGUAUCUGUACUUCAACUACGUGCGCCACUUCCUUGUCAAGCACCAAGCUCGAUUGGACCGAAUUGUUGAUGCCAGCAGGAACGACAUGAACAAUUUCGUGACUGCACACCACAAGGAGAUUCAAGCGAUUGGAAAUGUCGUGCACAAGUUCGUCGUGUCUGCCUACCGGACUGUAGAGGAAACCGUGCGUUCCACACUCUACACUCAGUCGGACAGGUCUCUGCCCGAGGACGAUCCCUGUGAAGGACGUGCUUGACUCCCCAGCAAUUUUGGUUAAUUCUAAAUCUUUUUAACUUUUUCUUAUAACCUCUUUCGCCUACGGCUAAUGUAGCUUAUGACCAAGAACAAAGAAAUCGAAUCGUAUGCC